AUGAGCCUCCGCCGAGUGGAAAUUGCGGUGCGGGUGCGCACUCCCGACUGCCCGCCUGACGCAUCAUGCAUUUCACUGGAUGCCAAGACGCGGCACAUCCAUGUAGAAGACGUGUCCGGCGGCACCACCGGCAGCAGUCGCCGCUCGUACAAGGAAGAUUUCAUCUUCGACGAGCACGUCAGCAACAGGGCGAUUUUCGAUGAAUUGGUGCUGAAGAAGAUGCAAUCUACCUCCCCGGAGCGCCCCGACACGCUGUGCUUUCUGGCGUAUGGCCACACGAGCAGCGGCAAGACGUACUCCAUCGCCGGCAGCGACGAGGAGCCAGGCAUCCUGCGGCUCUGUGUGGAGGAGCUCCUUCGACGGGAGGGCGUGGUCGAGGUGGCGAUGUUGGAGGUAUACAUGGACAGCGUGAACGACUUGCUGGCAGAAGGACAGGCGCGGCAGAUACGUCGCCGUCAAGGCCCACAAGGCCCGAUUAUUGUGGUCGAGGAUCUCACCACCUGCUCCCUCACCGCCGUCGAGCAGUGGCACGCGGUGUCUGCCUACGGCAUGCAGUCCCGCCGUACCGCCGCGACGGAGCGCAACGCGCGGAGCAGCCGCAGCCACGCCAUGUUCACCAUCAAGAGUCGCAGCGUGCGGCUGUGCCUCGUCGACCUCGCCGGCAGCGAGCGACAAACGGUCUUCUCCCCGCAGCUGAACCGUGAGAGCAUCAGCAUCAACAAAUCACUCUCGCGGCUGAGCACCGUGUUGGAGGCGCUGAGCAGCCAGCGAGUCGCCGAGGACGGGAAGCGCUCGUACGUCAACUUCCGCGACACCACCCUCACCGUGCUGCUGCAGCGGUACCUGACGGGGGCCUCGCUCACUACUUUUCUUGCCUGCGUGCACCCCAGCGUGCGCAACUACCAGGAGACGCUGAGCACGCUGCGCUACACCCAGCGACUGAAGCGCAUCCGCACCCGCGGCGCUGCGGCACACGUGGAGGAGUGGAGCGGGCUGAAGCCGGCAGCGAACCAGGAACUGCUGGAUGAGCUGAUGCGUCUACGCGAGCAGGUGCGGCUAAACGAGAGUACCUCAAAACUGGUGGAGGCGGUUCAGCAGCGUCGCAUCGCGGAGCUCGAGCACACACUCGCCGCCCAGCAGCAGGCUGCAUCGAUCUCUCCUCCUUCAAAUGGCGCUCACGGCGGGGCGGCGGUAGUGCCACAUGGCGGACCGUCUUCACUCAUUACUUCCAGCGCCAACGACCGUGUACGUGACACGCGUCGCGUGGCGGGAUGGCUCCUCAGCCGUGUGCUGGGCGAGCUGCCCGAGCUGAACGUGGGCUACGACGACUACUUCGACCGCUUCUUCCCCCCGUCCGUUCAGGUCAUCGGGUACGUUUCGACGAUGGCCGGUCUCGUGCCCCGCACCGCCGAUGCCGACCCGCUCGCCUUUUUAGACGUCGGCGACCUCGCGAUGGGGCUGUCGAUGCUGGACGCCGGCAUCCCCCCGUUUGUGCGGCUGCACAAGGCUGGCUGCGCCGACCCCGCGAGGUGGGAGAGCCACGAGUGGGACGCGGCACACAGCGUCGUGUACGUGCUGGCCUUUUUCGAGUACCACCCGACGGCCAUGACCUUCCUGACCGGGGAGGCGGCGAGUGAGGGGGAAGUGCUGCCGUGCUGUGGCGGCUUCGUCGUGUCGUCGCCGUUGCUGCCCAUCGCGACGGUGCUCUGCGUACCGGCCACCGCCUCCCGCCCCGUGAAGGAAGACGUGCUACAGCGUCUCAUUGACCUGCAGUGUGAGCAGCAGGAGGCAGUGAAGGAGCAGGCGGGCGGGUCGGCGGCUUCUUCCUCUUCUCGUUCUUCCCCGUUAUCGACGUCGCGGUCCGACCCCGAGCACGUGCUACCCCUUGCCGCCGAGUUGCUUGAUGCGUCCUUGCUAAGGGCGGCAAGAGAGGAAAGCGGUGAAGAUGGCGGCGAGAACGCAGGAGCCAACGUGGACGGCUCGCUGCUCGCGCAGGAGGUGCGGAGGCAGGCCGCGGACACGUCGCACCUCGUCACCCCUUUCAAGGAGUCGAGUACCACCGGUGGCAGCAGUCGGUCAACGUCUUCGUCAUCGUCUUCUUGCUGUGCUGAGGACAGAAAGCCUGGAGUGGCGGAUGUUCGCCGAGAUCUGCUGCCGCAUUUUGGGCCGACAACCCACCGCGCCGCCAAGAACGUCCCACCUCCGCUCUUCCCUCCUCCGAGUGCGCUGGUUGCGGACGAGCCCACCGUGCAGACCGGCACGUCGCUCCUCGCUGCUGCAGCGGCAGAAGGCAGACGGUCACGACAGCCGUUCGUGAAGGUGGCACCGCCAUCGUUGCCCGCAGAGCGAAGUGCUCGAAAGAAACCCACCAAGCCGCCGCCUCCGAAGUCUCCAUCGUCGCUGCUGGCUGCGCCGCCUGCGCUCUCGAAGAAGCAGCGGGUGGAGAAGGGGAACGGCGACAAAACGGCCGGAGCCAACGGCUGCCAAGGCUGCCAUGUGAUUUAA